UGAGUCACUCUAUAUUCAGAGCAGCGCUUGUAUGUCUGUGUAAGAGCAGGAGCUGCAGCAAGGAGUGCUGGAGCAGAUUGCUCCUUCUGUGAAAAGUGACUAUAGCUUGGAUGUGCUACCUUCUUCAAGACAAUUUUGGGGAAACGAUACCGGGUAAAUUUAAUAACAGGAGUGUUUUCUAUAGGACCCUGCAAGUCCAGUUUUCCUCUUUGCACUUUACAGGCAAGGUUGCGAAAGGCACUGAAAACCUGCAUUGCAAAUGAACAAGUGUGCUGCAAUCCAAGAUACCUUAUGGCACAAGACAGAGCUGUUAUUGCAAGCUACGGAUAAUCUAUUGAAAAACAGAGCCUAGUGCUGGAAUGACAAAACAAAUAGUCAGCAAUACUUUAUCUGUAUAUAACAGAGAAACCUCAUGACAAAACAAAGCCUUUUAAUUUACACUUUAGAGAGAAAGCAAGACUAAAGUGCCAAAACACAGGCAAACAUCGAUAAAGACCUGUAGUAUUAAAAAUCUAAGACAUUGUUCCUGGAUUCAGGGGUCCAGCAAUGCAGAGCACACUAUUGCACUGCUGGGCCCCAUGUACAUACAACUUUAAUAAUUAUGAUUGUUCAUAACUGAUAUAUUUCAAACAACCCUGGAAAUUAAAACAUACCAGCUAAAUGUACCAAAGCGAUGUGUUCUGUCAUGGGUGACGACCUUAAUGAUUCAGUUGCUACAUGCUGGAAGACAGUACUCUACAAUGUUCUGAUUGGAGUAGUUCUUGUUCUAAUCAUCAUCAUCACUAUAUGUGGCAACGUGGUGGUUUGUUUGGCUGUGGGAUUUGAUCGAAGACUUCGUAGUUUGACAAACUGCUUUAUUGUCUCCCUGGCUAUAACAGAUCUCUUGUUGGGUAUUUUGGUGCUACCGUUUUCAGCCUUGAACCUGUUACAUGAAGAAUGGCCUUUUGGAUCUACUUUUUGCAAUAUUUAUACCAGUUUGGAUGUCAUGUUGUGUACAGCUUCCAUUCUAAACCUCUUUAUGAUUAGUUUGGACCGCUACUAUGGGGUCACAGCACCUCUGCGCUACUCCAUGCUUGUCACCCCAUGCCGUGUUGCAAUAGCUAUGUGUUUGAUAUGGGUAGUUUCCUUGAUGGUUUCUUUCCUUCCUAUACAUCUUGGAUGGAAUACAAAAGAUAAAACCAUCCAGAACUCCAGAGAUGAUGAUAGCAAAGAAUGCAAAUUGGAGCUGAAUAAGGAGUAUGUAUUAGUGGAUGGUGUACUGACUUUCUACCUACCAUUGGUUAUCAUGUGUCUUAUGUACUAUAGAAUCUUCAAGAUUGCCAGAGAGCAAGCUAAAAGAAUUAACCAUGCCAGCUGCUGCAAUGCCGUCAGCCCUACACUACCUACAGUUCGAGAACAUAAAGCUACUGUGACACUUGCAGCUGUGAUGGGUGCGUUCAUCAUCUGCUGGUUUCCUUAUUUCACUGUUUUCACUUAUGAAGGAGUAAAUGAUAUUGAAGUAGAUGAAACCGCUUUCUUAAUAGUUCUAUGGUUAGGCUAUGCAAACUCUGCUCUCAAUCCAAUUCUGUAUGCUGCUUUGAAUAGAGACUUCCGUACAGCCUACCAACGUCUUCUCCGCUGUAGGCGUGUGGGCCCCUUAAACCAUGAGACCCCUCUAACCCUGCUCCAUAUACGCCGCCCAGAAGAAAGGACUCUACAGGUCAUGGACAACUUGCAGGGGGACAAGGCACACAAUAAUCAAGAAAGCAAUGGAAAAGAAUUUAGUCCCUUCAUCAAAAAUGUAACAGAAAGGAAUCGUCCCAGAUGGUGCAGUGGAUGUUUGGAUUACAUGACCUACAGAGCAAGGCUGUGGCUUUUUAAAUACCUCCCAAAACAAAGCGUAUGGACUUCAAUGUUGAAUGUUGCUGUGGUUGAAGCUCCAAAUGAUGCACAUGUACAGCGUACCCUGUCAACACUGCCAUUGCAGAUUCAGGACACUGCCAUUAAAUAAAAGUCUUGCAGGAAUUAAAGUAAAUGGUCUCUUGAUGAGCCUACAGAGACCAGGACCAAAUUCACAGACUACGACAACAGAUGACUUCAUGUUUAUGCUGUAUGUGCCAAUGACACACUUCUAAAGCAAACCACAAUUAUGCUCUGGGUUGUUGGAAAGAUACUCUACAACAAUAUUAACUAACUAAAAGAUGUUUUGUUCUAAGGAAAACUUAUCAGCACUGUGAAUGGAAUUCAUCAACUGUCAUAUAUAAAAACAUAUGUCUUUGUUGUGGAUUAUCACAAAACCAGCAGCAACUGUCAAUGACUUGAAUGUCAUAUACCAUGAGUGUGGUGUGGGUGCAAAAACGCUUGAGAGAUCUUUGAAUGCUGGCCAAUAUUUCCAUCUUCCAUUAAGCUUAGACAUGAUUAAAUGUGUCAUUGCUGGUUAACAUUGAUCAAUUCACCUCCACAUUUAUUCAUUCUCUAAGAUCUUGUAGAUUGUUCACCAAAACAGUAUUUUCAAAACAACAUGUAACCUCUCAUUGGAAAUGUGAUCAGUGUGUCAGCACAUAGUGUAACAGUAUUUCACAUGAGAGACUAGCUUUUGAAACAAAUGUGUAUGAUAAAUUAUUUUUGAAGUCAUAGGCAGGACUAUAUUCAUUUUUGUAAAUGAGGUUUUGCUUGAUGCCUUAAAAGUAAUUAAAAAUGUUCACAUGUGGUUUUAAAGUAGAGUCUCACUCUGUACAUAUACUUAAAGUUAUUAAAAGUUAACUUUUUUGUUUGUUUCCUAAA